AUGGCAGAGGAGACCUUCCCCUUCACCUCCUCCACGCUGCGAGCUCUCCGCCUGCAGCGGGAGUGGCUGGAGUGGGAGGACCGGCGGCGGGCCGCGGCCCGGCAGUGCCGAAGCCAGAGGUGCCCCCCCAGCCCCCGGGUCCGCCUCGCCAGGCCGCGCCGCUGCUGCCGAGACCCGGCCGUGCACAAUGCUCUGUUCUCCGGUGACCUGCUACAGGUCCAAGCCCUGUUCCAGGAUGAAGACGCUGCCAACAUGAUCGUGGAGACUGUGAGCAACCAGCUGGCCUGGUCGGCUGAACAGGGGUUCUGGGUGCUGACGCCUAAGACGAAGCAGACGGCACCCCUCACCAUCGCUGCUGCCCGAGGCUAUACUGCCUGUGCCCGCCAUCUGAUCCGGCAGGGAGCUGAGCUGGACGCGCGGGUUGGAGGCCAGGCAGCCUUGCAUGAGGCCUGUGCCCGGGCCCGGUCUGACUGUGUGCAGCUGCUGCUGACCUUCGGUGCCAAGGCCAACGUGUUGUCCGAGGAGGGCACAACCCCCUUGCACCUCUGCACAGCCCCUGAGUCCUUGCAGUGCGCCAAGCUGCUGCUGGAGGCGGGAGCGACUGUGAACUUGGCGGCGCGGGACAGCGAGAUGACACCCCUGCACGUGGCGGCGGCUCGCGGCCUGGAGGAGCACGUGGCCCUCUACCUGGCGCACGGGGCCAACGUGCACCUGCGCACCAGCCAGGGCGAGACGGCCCUGAACGCCGCGUGCGCGGGGGCCGAGGGCCCAGGCAGCUGCCGGCAUCACCAGGCGGCAGCGCGCCGGCUCCUGGCGGCCGGAGCGGACGCCAGCGCCGCCGGCCGCAAGCGCCACACGCCGCUGCACAACGCCUGCGCCAAUGGCUGCGGGGCCCUGGCCGAGCUGCUGCUGCGCCAUGGGGCCUGCGCGGGAGUGCCCAACGGGGCGGGCCACACGCCCAUGGACUGCGCGCUGCAGGCCGUCCAGGACGACCCCAGCUGGGAGCCCGAGGUCCUCUUCGCCACGCUGCUGGACUAUGGGGCCCAGCCAGUGCGCCCUGAGAUGCUAAAACUCUGUGCCAACUUCCCUCGGGCCUUGGAAGUCCUGCUUAAUGCCUAUCCUUGUGUGCCGUCCUGUGAUACCUGGGUGGAGGCAGUGCUCCCAGAGCUGUGGCAGGAGCACGAAGCCUUCUACACCUCGGCCCUGUGCAUGGUGAACCAGCCCAGGCGGCUGCAGCACCUGGCCCGCCUGGCGGUGCGUGUCCAGCUGGGGAGCCGCUGCCGCCAGGCCGCCGCCAGCCUCCCGCUGCCCCCCGUCCUCAGGGACUACCUGCUGCUGCGUGUGGAGGGGCGCAUCCAGUGA